AUGGUUGCAAGUGCAAGCGCCGAUGAGAAGUGCAGCACUAGGCACCGGAAAGUUCUAUUCCAGUAUCCCGCGUUACCAAAAUUUGAGCUGCGUCUUUACAUAGUUGUGGUUUGCUGUGCAGCAGCAUAUGCUUGGAGCGAAGUACUGAUCGCCAGCAACAAGUUUGAGUUCAAAUUCGGCAAACCUGCUAGCCUUCAUCACUUUCCGCUAAUCGGUGAUCGCUUCAAGGACGAGUCAAACUGGGAAUGGAGCCGCUGGUCACCGCUUGCUUUCUCACUGCUACCAUUUUUGAUAAUGCACUCUGUUAUCUUCAAUAUCGGUUCGGAACUGGUAUCAGAGGACGUGCUCCAGUGCGUUACAAUCAUCUACUCAAUCCUGUAUAGCACAGCACUUUUCACAAGUUGGCUCGUUUUUGUCUCACUCCUCCAAGGGACCUUUAUAUUCCUUGCUACACACUAUAUCAGGCGAUGGUUCACUGUUUGGAUAAGUUCAUUACCUAUAUUAUACUUUACAAUGCAUCGGACCUUGGAUUUAUCGUCAGACCCGUUCCUCGUCCUUGUCUUUGUUUCUUACACCUUGCUAUCCUACAUUUCUUACAAUUUAGAAGCUCAGGCUGGUAGAACACGGCCCGAAGAUAACACUGUUUUGAAACGCUAUAUUCGGAUGCUUUUUUAUACCUACUACCCACCAUACAUGAUCAGUUUGGUUGUGGUCUAUCCAGAAUUUGAACGACAAAUGCGUGAACGACGGACAAGAUUUCGAGACUGGCAAAAGACUAUAUUUCUAGCGAUCAAGAUCGGAUUUUGGUGGUUUUUCACGCACUUUAUUCUAUAUUUUAUGUAUUUCGAGGGGAUGUUAUAUGAUUUGGACUAUGCAAGAAGUUUACCAAAGAAUGAAUUUGUAACGCUAGGGAUGGCACUGGGAGUAUUUUUUCACCUCAAAUACGUGGUGAUAUUUGGUGUACCGCGGGUUUUUGCCUUGGCAGAUAACAUGCAGCCUGCCGACGGACCAAUUUGUAUUGCUCGUGUGACGCUCUAUUCUAAAAUUUGGCGUUGUUUCGAUCGCGGACUUUACAGCUUUUUCAAAAGAUAUAUUUUCAUUCCAAUAUGUGCACCCACCUUCUCCGUGUCUCGAAAAAUAUUUGGUGUACUUGUCUCGUACGGAUUUGUUUUGCUGUGGCACGGAUUCUAUCAUCAGAAUAUCGUACGUUCGUCUAUUCAUUAUAAUUUCUUAUUGCUAGCAAACUGGACAAUGCGCAGAUUGUUCUGCGUGCAAUCUCCAGCUGGAGAUUGUACGCAGAACAAAAGCCGAAUAGCGAACGCUGACUACGAUGGAAAGAGUGAUUUAGAGAAUAAUGCUGCGUUUUUUUGACC